AUAAGCGGGCACACUGGGGUCCUUCAACAAAAUAUAAAUUUUAAAUUUUAUUUUGUUUCCCAGAUUUACGCUGAAAUGUCUGACGACGAGUACGACAUAUUUAGCUCCUUGCGAACUAUUAAUCGCGUUAAAGUUCCUCCCAAGGAGGCUUAUAGUCCGUCGAAUGAGUCGUUCUCCAAGGAGCUGGAGGCUGAGCUACUUGAUGAGCAUUCCACUACCAAGAAGACCAGCAAAGCCAAAGUGAAUGAUACAACCACAGCCCCGACCAAGAAAAAGGACCGCAAGGGCAAGAAAAACGUCCAGCAAGAUGAGAAGCCGCCCAUAGGGGAGGAAGCAACAGGCGGACAAGCAAAAGAGCCGUCACGUUCGCUCUCCCCCGUCUCCAAAAUGUUGUUUGAGCUGGAGCAAGAGAAGGCUAAAGCAGAGGAAGAGACGUCUGGGCCCGUGGCCAGACGUACCCGCUCCUCGCUGGGCAAAGUGGCCAAUCAACCCGAGGUCAAGCAGCCAUCACCGCCCAAGCGGAAAAAGUUGACAAAAAAGAACGACAGUAAAUCCAAGUCUGACCAAAGGCAGACCACCAUAUUGCAAUCUUUCAGUGGGACCACUUCCAUUCCAAUGCCCACCAGUUGGCGGCAACGGAUGGCAGAGCUAGCAGCGCGAUCACAUGUUGUGGAUAACAUUGACUUGGUAUCUGCUGUGUUACCACGUGUCGAGGGUUUUGUGAAUCUUGACUCUGACGAUGAGGCCGAGGGCUCGAAACCAGUGGAGGAAGCACCUGUUGAAUCUGAGAAUCCACCCAUGGAUAUAGCCUUGUCCUGGUUGGGGGAGAUACAGCACUACAAGUUGCGUCAGCAUCGGAAAUUUUUGCACAUGUUCAAGGAGGUGGCCGAGCGCAAUGGCGUGGAUGUGGACGAUAUUGUGAUUGACAAGUACGACACUCUGGUAGAGCCCACCGAUACGCCCCACAGCAUUGGCCUCAUGAAGUUUCACACUCUGACAGGUCGCGCAAUGAAGUCGAAUAAUAGCCACAAGAACGGGGCCGCCGCUUCCUCCGUUGUGUUAAAGAAAGCACACAAAUUCCAGUUGAAAGUUCAGGGUGAUGUGUUCAAGCGGCCCAUUCUGAUAGGCAUGAAGAAGAAGGAUGUCUUCAAGGAACUGUAUCUGAAGUGUGCCGACGAACUGAACUGUGAUGUCCAUCUGGUGAAAUUAUUCUUCGAUGGAGAGCUACUGGAUCCCGAAGAUACACCCAAAGCCCAGGGUAUGGAAGGCAACGAAAUAAUUGAUUUGCAUUUGAAGACCUAAAAGUGUUAGCCCCAUAAGUUACAGUAUUAAUAUUCUAUUGAUUUGAGUUAGUUUAAAUUUUGGUUUAAUGAUGUGA